UUACGACUUGCACUCAAAGCAGGAUAAGUAAACUUUACUUCUUCCAAUAAACUCAGAAAUUCGCGGCCGGAGAUGUUGGGGCACUUUUGUUGCCGAAUCCGCGGAGCCAAACACAGCCUUAGGAUUUGAUUCGGGGAUUACAGUUUACAGAGAAAGAUGGGUAGGAUAGCUGUGGCAAUCAUUGUUAGUUUGUGGGUUGUUCCCAUCUCCAUCCUUGUCAAUCACAUUGUUCCUCAACCUUACAUGGAUGAGAUAUUCCAUGUGCCUCAGGCUCAACAGUACUGUAGAGGCAAUUUCAGAAGCUGGGAUCCCAUGAUCACUACUCCUCCUGGCCUGUACUAUCUUUCAUUAGCCCAUGUUGCUUGUUUGUUUCCAGGCAUGUCUUUAGUAAAAGCAGCCUCUUCGUUUUCUGAAGGCUGCUCCACUGCGAUUCUUCGCUCCACGAAUGGUGUUUUGGCGGUGAUCUGCAGUGUUCUUGUGUAUGAGAUAAUCAGACAUUUGAGACCAAAUCUUGAUGAGAGAAAAGCAAGUCUUUUUGCGGUGGUUCUAGCUAUGUAUCCUCUCCAUUGGUUCUUUACGUUUCUCUAUUAUACAGAUGUUGCAUCACUUGCUGCGGUGCUUGCUGUGUAUCUUGCAUGUUUGAAGAAGAAGUACUGGUUCAGUGCAUUGCUUGGUGCCUUGGCAGUUGUUAUUCGGCAAACGAAUAUUGUAUGGAUGCUUUUUGUGUGUUGCUGCGAGGUUAUAAAUAUUACUUUGGUUGGUCAAAGAGAUAAGAUAGAUGUAGAUAACACUGACUACUCAGUUAGGAAACAUAGUCGGCCAACUCCUAAAAACAGUGUUUCAAACUUGAGAAAGCGGAAGGUCAGUACUGCAGCAGAUACUGAGAUACAUUCAAUGCUGGCUUCAAGUGUUUCUUCUCAAAACUACACAUCAGGUAUUAUCCAUGAAACUAAGGCCAUCUUUCAGAAACUGUGGCACAUGAAGUUGGAGUUUGUAGUUUCUUUCAGUCCAUUUAUUAUGGUAUUUGCAGCCUUUGUUGCUUUUGUUCGUUGGAAUGGGAGUAUUGUUCUAGGUGCGAAAGAAGCUCAUGCAGUUUCUCCACAUUUUGCACAGAUCAUGUAUUUUGGUCUGUUUUCUGUUCUUGCUAUGGCUCCAACAUACUGUAGUUUCAGUCAAACUGCAGAGUUAUUCCAGUCAAUUUGGAAGAACAAGUCCGUUGGUUUCUUUCGAAUUUCCUUGGCACUUGUCGCUGGCUUCAUCUCCAUUCAUUUUUUCAGCAUAGCUCAUCCCUAUCUUCUUGCGGAUAAUCGGCAUUAUCCCUUUUAUCUUUGGCAGAAGGUCAUCAAAGCUCAUUGGUUGAUGAAGUACUUUCUAGUCCCACUUUAUGUUUAUUCAUGGCUUUCCAUCAUCACUAGAUCGGGGAAGGUUCAGAGGAAGAUCUGGCUGCUGGCAUUUUCCUUGGCCACUGCUGCAGUUUUGGUCCCAGCGCCACUGAUUGAGUUCAGAUACUAUACUAUUCCAUUCUUUUUCUUGAUACUACAUUCUCAUAUUGAUGAUUACCAAAGUUGGCUCAUCAUGGGGUUUCUGUAUACAGCUGUCAACGCCUUCACAAUGGUAAUGUUCUUGUAUUGUCCAUUCCACUGGUCCCAUGAACCUGGGACACAGAGGUUUAUAUGGUAGUUAGACAUACCAAGCGAGAUGCUAAAAGCUUCUUCAGGUCUGUAGAAACGGUUUUGAACACUAACCAGCUUUAUGAAAUGGACCAUUGUUGUUGA